UUUCGAAAAUAAUGGCAUUCAAAUUUAUAGCCAUACUGUUAUUGAAAAUAAUAACUUUUGCAACACUUGUUUGGGGAGAAAAUGGUCUUGCAAUUAAAAGCAUCCAGAGUGAAGAUGGAGAUGUCAUUGACUGCAUUGACAUUUUCAAGCAGCCAGCUUUGUAUCAUCCUGCCUUGAAAAAUCACAAAAUUCAGAUGACACCUAGCUAUAAUACAAUGACGGAGACUACAAAAACAAAUGAUCAAGAAAAAUCAUACAAAUGUGUGACAACACAAAUAUGGCAUAAAAGUGGAAGUUGUCCAAAGGGGACAAUUCCAAUUAGAAGAACACAAAAUAUUAAGAAGGAUCAAAUAAUGAAGCCUAAUUUUUUUCAUCUUGAUAAAGGAAUGAAAAUCAAAAAGGAUAUCAACCUUACACAAAAAAAUCACUCAAUGGCUAUAUUGCUUACAGAAGGAUAUAGAUAUGUUGGAGGAAAAACAGAUAUGAUAACUAGGAAUCCUCAUGUUGAAGAAGAUGAUGAAUAUAGCACUUCUAGACUUACUCUCAAGAGUGGAUCUUACUAUAAUUAUCAAGACAUUGAAUCUGGAUGGACGGUAAAUCCAAGGGUUUAUGGUGAUAGGCAAACAAGACUUUUCACUUAUUGGACUAAUGAUGGCUCAAAAGAAACAGGAUGUUUUGACUUAACUUGUCCUGGUUUUGUACAAAUUAGUCAUGAGAUUGCACUUGGUGCUGCUAUAUAUCCAAUAUCAACUCAAUAUGGUCUUCCAUAUUCAAUUACUAUUUAUAUCUACAAGGAUUUUAAUACUAGCAAUUGGUGGUUACAAUAUGGAGGAUCAAUCAACAUAGGAUAUUGGCCAUCAAAGAUCUUUGAAGGUGGAUUAGAAGUCCAUGCAGAAACAGUUCAAUGGGGUGGUGAAGUUUAUAGUAAAAAUGUAGGAAAACAUCCUCAUACAAAAACACAAAUGGGAAGUGGAGCUUUUCCAUUUUAUAUAUUUGCAAAUACUGGAUUUAUGAAGUAUAUGAGAAUUCUUGAUAAUACAAUGGAGUUGAGAUAUCCACAAAAUGUUGUUGCUUAUUCAGAGGAAUAUGAUUGUUAUAGAACUCAAUAUAGAGAGACAAAAUUUAUAUCAUAUAUAAAAUCAUUACAAUUAUUCAUUAAAUUGAUGGAAUCUUUAAGUUUUCUUUCUGAAAAAAUGUCAUUCAAAUUGAUAGUUAUAUUGUUAUUGGAAUUAAUAACUUUUGCAAUAUUUGCCUGGGGAGGAAAUACUCUUGCAAUUAAAAGUAUUCAGAGUGAAGAUGGAGAUGUCAUUGAUUGUGUCGAUAUUUUCAAGCAGCCAACUUUGUAUCAUCCUGCCUUGAAGAAUCACAAAAUUCAGAUGACACCAAGCUAUAAUACAAUGAUGGAGCCUACAAAAACAAAUGACCAAGAAAAAUCAUACAAAUAUGUGACAACACAAACAUGGCAUAAAAGUGGAAGUUGUCCAAAAGGCACAAUUCCAAUUAGAAGAACACAAAAUAAUUACAAGAAGGAUCAUAUAAAAAAGCCUAAUUUUUUUCAUCUUGAUAAAAGAUUGAGGAUCAAGGAGGAUAUCAACCUUGCACAAAAAAAUCACUCAUUGGCUAUAUUGCAUACUGAAGGAAUUAGAUAUAUGGGAGGAAAAACUGAUAUGAAAACUUGGAAUCCUCAUGUUGAAGAAGAUGAUGAAUAUAGCACUUCUAGACUUGCUCUUAUGAGUGGAGCUUAUAAUGAUUAUCAAGACAUUGAAUCUGGAUGGGCUGUAAAUCCAAGGGUAUAUGGUGAUAGACAGACACGAUUUUUCACUUAUUGGACUAAUGAUGGCUCAAGAGAAACAGGAUGUUUUGAUUUAACUUGUCCUGGUUUUGUACAAACAAGCCAUGAGAUAGCACUUGGUGCUGCUAUAUAUCCAAUAUCAACUCAAAAUGGUCUUCCAUAUUCAAUUAGUGUUUUUAUCUUCAAGGAUUUAAAUACUAGCAAUUGGUGGUUACAAUAUGGAGGAUCAAUCAACAUAGGAUAUUGGCCAUCAAAGAUAUUUGAAGGCGGACUAGGAAUUCAUGCACAAACAGUUCAAUGGGGUGGUGAAGUUUAUAGUAAAAAUGUAGGAAAACAUCCUCACACAAAAACACAAAUGGGAAGUGGAGCUUUUCCAGUUUACAUAUCUGCAAAUACCGGAUUUAUGAAGAAUAUGAGAAUUCUUGAUAAUUCAAUGGAGUUGAAAUUUCCACAAUAUGUUGAUGCUUAUUCACAAGAAUAUGAUUGUUAUAAAACUCAAUAUAUGGGUGAUUAUAUUGAAGAACCUGAAUUUCACUUUGGAGGCCCAGGAAGAAAUCCAUUAUGUCCUUGAAAUUGUUUUAUAUUGUCAAUCUUUGGUUAUUAAGUGUUCAGUUUUUGUGUUGGAGUUCGACUGAUUUGUAGGUUUUAAUUUAGUCAUUAAG